UGUCCAGUUUCAAAACUAUAGAAUGUUAUUGUUUAUUGAUUUAUAUUGAUUUCAAUUAAGGGUCAUAAAAAGAAAUUCACGAAAGGUACAAUGUUCAAGUGGAGACAGUGUCAUCGAAUAUCAUCUCAGUUUGAACACAUAUUUCUUUGUGGAAAAGGAGAAAGAGAACGUCCCAUUAUUACCAAUAGUUACUUCAGUUGGUCUAGGCCCAUUUUAAAGAAAGAUCAGGUUCUAAAUAAACUUAUCACUUACAAGGAUGUAAAUUGUACAUGUAACUUGUAUACAGAAAAGCAUAUUUACAGUCCUAAUGUUUCUAAUAGGCAUUUACAAUAUAUGUCAAACAACCCUACUUGCUGGAACUGUCAAGCCAUUUUAACAGAUAGCUCAAAUAAACUAUUUUGUGUCUCUUGCAAUUCUCUUCAACCAGUCGAUCGUCAAGCAAAUCUUUUUGAUAUAUUAGGUGUCAAGAAAUCGUACAGCUUAGACCAAUUGGAGUUAAAGAAAAAGUUUCGUGACCUACAAUCUCUGUUACAUCCUGACAAGUUUAGUGCCAAGCCGAAGAGGGAACAAGAAUUGUCUGAAGAAUUUUCCUCUAUUGUUAACAAAGCAUAUUCAACUCUCCUGAAUCCUUUGGAGCGUGGCCUCUACAUGCUAAGUUUAAAUAACAUGUCAAUUGAAGAAGGAACAACGGAUAUAGAUAAAUCGUUUCUCAUGGAAAUUAUGGAAAAGAAUGAGGAAAUAGAGAAUCAACAGGAUCCAGUGAAACUAAAUGAGAUUUACAAAAGCAAUAAAGAACAACUAGAUUUACUUAUCAGCAAUAUAACCAAGGCUUUUGAAAAUGACGACGUAGAACUGGCUAAGAAGUUACUGACGGAAAUGAAGUACUACAAUACAAUUGAAAAUAAAAUUAAAGACAUCAAACAAAAACUGAACAUCCCCGAUUGAACUUAAGUAUGGUCUGCAUCGAUGAGUCACCAUAUUCAAGCGUAGAAUCAGGAAUUCUGGCACUCUGUGUAUAUAAGCGAAAAGUAUGCUCCGUAGAGCAGAUUAAAGACACUCUACUAGUUUUUCCUUUUGAAGAGGCAUGUUUUUUCACUUGUGGGGUUAGGGUUAUAGCCUACCCCUAGCUACUUCAGCCUGGAUAACUAUUGUAGCACCCCUAGAGGCAUGUUACUGCCCAGAAUGUGAAGUAAGUUAUUUUUUUAAGUACUUGCCAUGCAUUUCAUGUUAUUUUACUAAAUUUAAAAAUUAUUAUCAAACAUAUUAGGGUUUCCAUGUCAAACUUGCAAAAACAAUAUACUUCGUGGUUCUGAGUUCCACAGUAAAAAAACAACUUGUAUUUAACAAUUAAUGUUUUUCUGUUUAUGUAAAAAAGUGAAUUUUAUCCAAGAAUUAUUUAGUGCUUAGAGCAAUAAA